GAAAGUGCAACACAGACAUUAUCUCUCAGGUAUCCGAGUGUAAUCUUUUGAUCCUGUAAGUCACCAGCUCAAGAUGUCCCCAGCGUGGCUCUGUUUAGCUCGGAGUAGAAUGAAGUCUUGUCUCAUGAAAUUAUGCAGACUGCUUUGUUUUAUGUUGACGUUACCCUUAUAUCUGAUGGAAAUCACGGGCCUGUACGCGACGGCUCUCUUCGUCUGCUGGAGAUCGGCUGUGGCAGUGGGGCCAACUUCAAGUUUUACCCCUACGGCUGCACGGUGAUCUGCACCGACCCCAACCCUCAUUUCGAGAAGUACCUGCGGUUAAGCAUGGACGCGAACAAGCAUUUGACCUAUGACACGUUUAUGGUCGCCUCCGGAGAGGACAUGGAGGAGGUGGAGGACGAGUCGGUGGACGUUGUCGUCUGCACCCUGGUUCUCUGCUCCGUUAUCAACGUGCAGCGGCUGCUGCAGGAAGUCCGACGCAUCCUCAAAACAGGUGGAGCCUUUUACUUUUUGGAGCAUGUUGUGUCAGAUCCCUCCUCCUGUACAUACUUCUUACAGCACGUGUUUGAGCCUCUGUGGUACUAUCUGGGAGAUGGAUGCAUGAUUACCAGAGCAACGUGGGAAGAUCUAGAGGCAGCUGGUUUUUCUGAACUUCACCUGAAACACGUUGAAGCUCUGGAGGUGACUAGGGUGAUAAGACCACAUAUCAUGGGGUAUUCCAUUAAAUGACAGCAGGGGAGGAUGGGGAGAUAUGAUUGUGCCUAUUAUGUGCUUCAGAAAGAUUUCAGUAUUUUCACUCUGAGUCUGACAUUUGUCACUAUGGAAAUAUCUUGCUGCUAACCCAAAUUAUUCUGAUUAUUUGUUUUCUCUAUUGACCCAGUCAUGUACCAACAUUUUCAUUGGUCCACUAGUAACAUUCAUUAGAAAACGCUGGGUUCAAAUUCAGUCUUCAUGUUUCAUAUCACUAAAAGCAGUCAAAUCUGUUCACUUUUUUUGUAUUUCCACUGAACAAAAAUACACUAGCCACUGCAUUUGAGUGAAAAUAUAUUUUUUUAUUUACAGAAUCAGCAACAUUUCAUACAGUUUGUUCUUCUUCCCACCCCUCCCAAGAUGUACAUAAUAAAUAUUACCUGGACACUGCUUUUUUCCCUGAUUGUCUAAGUAACUACCAAAAAACAACCAAACAAACCACACUCAAUGUCAUCAUUUGUUACCCUUUAUAUUCCAUUGCACAAAAAGAAGGAAUGACGAUUGUAACAUCUCCUUACAGAGAAAUGAGGGGAAUUGCUGGUCCACAAUAUAAACAGGAGUUAUGUUUGUGUGGUAAUUAUACAGUCAAAAUUCUGCUGUUGCUGUUAGAGGAUAAAAAGACAGCCACAUUUUUAAAAACACGGGAUACAUUUACAAACUGAGACUCAAAGAUAAAGCUCACCAAUACAAACCUCCCAGUAUUAAAAAAUGUACACAACUAUAAAUGUUAUAGUGUUAGCAAAUGUAAAAAAA